AAGAGUAGUGUAAUUAUGAGUAUGAGAGUUGUAGUAAUCUGUAAUACGGAUGUUCAUAUUAUUAUACUACUCUUUGGAAGAGAUUCUCGCUUUCUCAGUUCUUUGUGUACGGAGGAGGACAGACUCCAAUUAUCAAAUACUAAAAUAGUGAUGACCAUAUGACGGCAGUUUACUACUGGGUUUAGUGUAUUCUAGAUUCUAGCGUUAACUAUAAGUUUUUUAAGAUUUUUCCUUCUUUCUUUCCAAGAUGAUUGUUUUUUAUGACAGCUUCCCUCAUUAUAUUUACAUUUAUUACAUGUCGUUGUCAGAUGUCAAAGUUCAAAGUAAUAACAAAAUAAAGUAACCUUAGCAUACUUUGGCAAACAUAUAGAAGAGAUAGGUACUAGGUUUAAGCUACUAAAAAAAGCUAUUUACAUAAAUACGUAACACAGAAGUAAAACUAAUGAGGUGUAAGGAAACCCUACGUAAGUAAUGUACUACGACAUCCUCUCCACUACUUCGGAAUAUGAACUACAAUAACGUACAAUUUAUCAUAUUGAUAAAUUAAAAAAUUAUUAGAUUAUUUAUGAAUACUCAGUAUUUAGUACUUCAGUAAUAGUAAGGAAUAACUAGUACAUAUGUGGUAAUAACUGAUACCUGUGAGCUGCGUUGUGAAGAUUAUAAAUACAGAACAAUGAUAAAGAAAAUAUCGACACUAUAAUUAUUAUAUAACAAUCAUGAUGGCUCCAGUUGAACCUAGUAAAGAAGAUUGUUGCAAUAGUGGUUGUAAUCCUUGUAUAUUUGAUGUAUAUGAAAAGCAGUUAAAAUUAUACUAUAAGCUAAAAGAGAGUAAUGAAAAUGUUGCAAACAAUAAUUAUAAUGGUAUUUUACAGCUGGAGUAUACAAUGUUUGUUGUUACUGGAAUUUUGAAUUUAUAUGAUUCACACAAGAUAAUAAAGUUCAAAAGAAAAGUUGAUGGUCAUAAAGUGUGGUGGAAUCCUGGUGAUCAUUUUUUUGUUUUAUAUAAAUCUAAAAGUAUAAAGUGCUCACGAGCAUACACUCCGAUAAAAUUAAAGCAACAUGAGCUUCACAAUUUUGAUUUCUCUGUUGUUGUUAAGAAAUAUCCCAAUGGUUUAGUGUCUAAUUAUUUGUUUAAUUUAGAUGAAGGGGAUUUAACAUAUUGGAGGGGUCCAUAUGAUUCUUAUGAAAUUAUUCCAAAUAAGUAUGACAAUAUCAUUAUGAUAGCACAAGGUACUGGUAUUGCACCUUUUAUGUCUAUAAUAGAAAGCAUUUUACUGAAUGAAGAUGACAUUACUAAAAUUUUUUUAUACUUCUGCUGUCAAUCUAUGGAAACAAUUUUAUUCAGGGAUGAGUUAUAUGCUUAUAAUUCUUAUUGGAAUUUUAAAUAUGAGGUCUAUUUGAGUCAGUGUUUCUCAGAAAUUGAUAUGAAAUAUGAAGAACCUAUUAUAAAGAGACGUCUUACCUUCGAGGAUAUAAAAAAGUUACCUCAAGAGUCAAAUUAUCAAUAUUUGAUGUGUGGAUCAAAUGCUUUUAUGGAGUACUAUAAAAAUCUUUUUUUAUUGCAAAGUGUUCCUUCUGAUUACAUAGUGUUGUUUUAAAUGCACACAUAUUUUAUCUAUUAUCCACCCAAAUCUCGUCACCU